GGUCGUUGCUUUCCCCAUUGUCUCAGGCGAUCGGCCUCGGACUGUGCAAAUUCUGGGGCUUUUGUUGCUUCUGGUGCAGGCUAAUAAAGUUUUCUUUCUUUCUUUUUUUUUCUAACAGUUUUAACGGGGGAAAUUAACUCCCCAGGGCUGCAGGGCUGGCCACGCUGCCUGGGCCGAGGGCGCCUCUGCCCGGGGAGCGCCGUGGGAAGGGGCGCGAGCGGCUGGGGUCCGUUCUGCGAGGACUAAGGGGCGGGGCGGGGCAAGGGGGGCGGGUAGGGGACCGCAGGGCUGCACCUGGGACGAUCGGGUCCGAUCGGCUGCAUCGCCGAUUUUAAAUAGCCUCUUUACGACUCGUUUCCGCGGUCUCAGUCCCCGACUUCAGCGUUGCUUGGGCUGUCGCAUCCUCUCCCUAGGUCUCUUCCAAACGACCACAUCACGGAUUCCUUAUGGAUCGCAGCUCCAAGAGGAGGCAGGUGAAGCCUUUGGCAGCUUCUCUGCUAGAAGCUCUCGAUUAUGAUAGUUCAGAUGACAGUGAUUUUAAAGUUGGAGAUGCCUCAGAUUCUGAAGGGAGUGGUAAUGGAAGUGAAGAUCCUUCAAAGGACAGUGGAGAAGGUUCCUGUAGUGAUUCUGAAGAAAAUAUUUUAGAGGAAGAACUGAAUGAAGAUAUUAAAGUAAAAGAAGAACAACUUAAAAAUUCUGCGGAGGAAGAAAUACUGUCGACAGAAAAACAGUUAAUUAAAAUGGAAAAGAAGGAAGAAGAAGAGAAUGGAGAAAGACCUAGAAAGAAAAAGGAGAAAGACAAGGAAAAAGAAAAGGAAAAAGAGAAGGAGAGAGAGAAGGAGAAAGAGAAGGAGAGAGAGAAGGAGAAAGAAAAAGCAACACUAUCUGAUAAUGUGGCUGCUUCUGCUGCUGCUGCCACACCAGCCACAAGUCCUCCUGCUGUGAACACCUCUCCUUUAGCCCCCACUACAACAGCUACCACAGAGGAACAAGUCAGUGAGCCAAAAAAGUGGAACCUUCGUCGAAAUCGACCACUUUUGGACUUCGUAUCUAUGGAAGAACUGAACGACAUGGAUGACUAUGAUAGUGAAGAUGACAAUGAUUGGCGACCUACUGUAGUAAAGAGAAAGGGACGAUCUGCAUCUCAGAAAGAAGGAAGUGAUGGAGACAAUGAGGAUGAUGAGGAUGAGGGAAGUGGGAGUGAUGAGGAUGAGAAUGAUGAAGGCAAUGAUGAAGAUCAUAGCAGCCCUGCCAGUGAAGGGGGGUGCAAGAAGAAGAAGAGUAAAGUUCUUAGCAGAAACAGUGCUGAUGAUGAAGAACUGACCAAUGAUAGCCUGACACUAUCUCAAAGCAAGAGUAAUGAGGACUCGCUGAUUCUUGAGAAGAGUCAAAACUGGAGUUCUCAAAAAAUGGACCAUAUUCUGAUUUGCUGUGUUUGUCUUGGAGAUAAUAGCGAAGAUGCUGAUGAAAUAAUUCAGUGUGACAAUUGUGGCAUUACAGUCCAUGAAGGUUGCUAUGGAGUUGACGGAGAGAGUGACUCUAUUAUGAGUUCAGCUUCUGAAAACUCCACUGAACCUUGGUUUUGUGAUGCCUGUAAAUGUGGUGUUUCCCCUAGCUGUGAACUGUGCCCUAAUCAGGAUGGAAUUUUCAAGGAGACAGAUGCUGGAAGAUGGGUUCACAUUGUUUGUGCUCUGUAUGUUCCUGGAGUAGCCUUUGGAGAUAUUGACAAAUUACGACCAGUAACACUAACAGAGAUGAACUAUUCCAAAUAUGGUGCCAAGGAAUGUAGCUUCUGUGAAGACCCUCGUUUUGCUAGAACUGGAGUUUGCAUUAGCUGUGAUGCAGGGAUGUGCAGAGCAUAUUUCCAUGUGACCUGUGCUCAGAAGGAAGGUCUGCUUUCAGAGGCAGCAGCAGAAGAGGAUAUAGCAGAUCCAUUUUUUGCUUAUUGUAAGCAACAUGCAGAUAGGUUAGACAGAAAGUGGAAGAGAAAAAACUACUUGGCUCUACAAUCCUAUUGUAAAAUGUCUUUACAAGAGAGAGAGAAGCAACUAUCACCAGAGGCACAGGCAAGGAUCAAUGCCCGGCUUCAGCAGUAUCGUGCCAAAGCAGAACUAGCUCGGUCCACCAGACCUCAGGCCUGGGUUCCAAGGGAAAAAUUGCCCAGACCACUCACGAGCAGUGCUUCAGCCAUUCGUAAACUGAUGCGGAAAGCAGAACUAAUGGGUAUCAGUACAGAUAUCUUCCCCGUGGACAAUUCAGAUACUAGUUCUAGUGUGGAUGGAAGGAGAAAGCAUAAGCAACCUGCUCUCACUGCUGAUUUUGUGAAUUAUUAUUUUGAGAGAAAUAUGCGCAUGAUUCAAAUUCAGGAAAAUAUGGCCGAACAAAAGAAUAUAAAGGAUAAAUUAGAGAAUGAGCAAGAAAAGCUUCACGUGGAAUAUAAUAAGCUAUGUGAAUCUUUAGAAGAACUACAAAAUCUGAAUGGAAAACUUCGAAGUGAAGGGCAAGGAAUAUGGGCCUUACUAGGCAGAAUCACAGGGCAGAAGUUGAACAUACCGGCAAUUUUGCGAGCACCCAAGGAGAGAAAACCAAGUAAAAAAGAAGGAGGCACACAAAAGACUUCUACUCUUCCUGCAGUGCUUUAUAGUUGUGGAAUUUGUAAGAAGAACCAUGAUCAGCAUCUUCUUUUAUUGUGUGAUACAUGUAAAUUGCAUUACCAUCUUGGGUGUCUCGACCCUCCUCUUACAAGGAUGCCAAGAAAGACCAAAAACAGUUACUGGCAGUGUUCUGAAUGUGACCAAGCAGGGAGCAGUGACAUGGAAGCAGACAUGGCUAUGGAAACCUUACCAGAUGGGACCAAACGAUCAAGGAGACAGAUUAAGGAACCAGUGAAAUUUGUUCCACAGGAUAUGCCUCCCGAACCCAAGAAGAUUCCAAUAAGAAACACGAGGACCAGAGGACGAAAACGAAGCUUCAUUCCUGAUGAAGAAAAACAUGAGGAAAGAGUUCCUAGAGAGAGAAGACAAAGGCAAUCUGUGUUACAAAAGAAGCCCAAGGCUGAAGAUUUAAGAACUGAAUGUGCAACUUGCAAGGGAACUGGAGACAAUGAAAAUCUAGUCAGAUACCCUUCAUGAGACCCAACUCUGCCACAGCUCAUCCUCGGAGGCAAUCCUGGAAACCUCUUUUAUAAGUGUGAUUUAAAAAAUGUGGAUAACACUCUCAAUAGAGUACAUAAAGUAAAGGAGAACAGCUAUCUUGUCUUUCCCAUAAGCUUAUCACUGCAAAAAGUUGCCUUUGCUUGUCAGGUUUGGAUAGAAUGUAAUUGAUUGGUUUGUUACUUGGACUGACAAGGCACUUAAUUUGCCUGUGUGGAUUUUUUUCUAUUUUUUUUUCCUUCUACUUUUUUUUUUUUUGCACUAAUCAGAAACAUUUGAUAUGUGCAUUGUUGAAAAAUACUAGAUAAUGUCUUUUCAGAAUUGUCCUAUUAAGUAAUGUUUUCCCUCUUGCUUCUUUGGCAAAUGAUGAUAUACUACAGUGUUUGGACUUACUGAAGAGUUACAGAAGCCUAUGGGACUUAAAUGCAAUGUACUGUACUACUCAGUGUUAUUGAACAAUACCAGUAACAAACAAGAAAGACAAUGCAUUCCACUAGUCUGCUAUUCUGUUUCAUCCAACUUAAUACAUAUAUUCAUAUAUGAAAUGCUGCAUUAGGAAACAACUAUAUACUCUUAUAUUAAACAUUAAUUCUCUUUAUAAUAUUUAGCGAAAGUGAAAGACUUGUAAAGUGUAUUAUGUCAUUGUAGUUUUGACUCAUUAGUCCAAGUGUGAAAGCACUAAUAUUACUAGCAUGAAAUCUUUACAACUUCAGAUUUUAAGCUCAUAACUAAGAGUAUAUCUGUGUUGAUCUCUAGAUCUUUUUUAAGUAAUGCCCAAAUUUAUACAGCUUUUAUUGAUUUAAUAUAAACUUUCUGUGUUCAAUAUGAUUUUAUUUUUCUUGACCUUAAGUACGAGGUUAUGAAAUGAGGGCAAUACAAAGCUUAUUGACCAUACAACCUGCCAGCUGAAAGAUCUUCAUCAACAUCCGUAUCUUUCCAGAGGUUUACAGAAUUAAAAUUUGAUCUUCAAGCUUUAAUGAUCCAGUUUUAAGUCAACUACAGAAAUAUGUUGAAUAUUUCAUCACUCCAUCUUGAACUGACUUAGAAGAGACUCUUUGCUGAAAUUGAAAUGCACAUUUACAUGUAAACUGUCAACUUGUUUCUUGGAAUUUCCUGAUUUAUAAAUGUGGUUUUGGACAUCUUUUCAGGUAUAGUGGCAAUUGAAAAUAGUUUAAACUUUAGGAAUAGAGUAGGUAAUGUUAUAAUCCAAAGCAAGUGUAAAUAUAAAGUUGCUGUAUGCUCGUAAUCUAUAGUUAUAGUAAGGAACCAUAUUAUUGGAUGUUUAACAAAAUAAUAUGUAAUGUAUAUAAAAUAUGUAUAAACUGAGAUUAUUGAUUUAUUGGAGGAAAAAUUUUAAUAACCUGUAGCAAAACUAGUAGGCUUUCUUUUAAGGAUAAGAAAGGACUCAUUAUUUAUCACUACAUAAGUUGAAGAAAAAGUUGGCAGUUUUUCCUACUGCUGAACUCCAGCUGAUUUUAAGAAAAAUUACAGACUGUCAUUUUCUUAAAAGAAUGUGCUAAUGCAUUAGGCCCUGGCCCUCCUUUGAUAUAUGGUGAAAAUUACUAGUGGUCAUUUUAUUUUAGAUUUUUUGAGAAGUUAUUAAGUCUUGUGGUUUUGGUGUCACUAUUAAUCAAAAUCCUUUCCACUCUGGUUCUCAUUAGAAUACUACAUCAUCAUCAUUCUCCAUCUUGCAGUCUUCAGUGGUAGAUAACGCUAUUCUGUAUUUGAUGCUAGGCCUAAGAAUCUUUGUCAUACAUCACAAAUAUAAACUGCAUAAUUCAUUAGGUUAUUGGUCCUAGAAACAUGUAUUUAGAAUGGGAGAACUUUUGAAGGAAGUAAAAAAAACACUUUCUCCUGAUAAUCUCCUAAACGCCCUCAUAUUUCCACAGUAUAAAAAAACUUUUUUUUCCUUAGUUGGUCCAGUUGCUAUUUAAAGGAGACAUUAAUGUGUAUUUAAGUAAGUACACACUAAAUGGUUCAUAUUUCAGACAUGUGUAAGAGAAAAUGGCGCAACAGGUAAAUGAUGGCUAUUUGUCACAUAACAGGAAAAGGAUAAAACAAUAAAAUAUCAGGAAGGAAAUUAAAUGACUGAAAUACAAGAAGAAUGAAAUGGUCGUAUACAGUGGUGUUUCCAAACUUUACAGUGUAUCAGAAUCAGAGGAAGGAUUUGUUAAAAUGCAUAUUGCUACCUUAUUCCCUUCGGAUAUUCCUUCUCCUCACUUUACUCCCUCCUCCUAGCUCCCAUCAGUUUCUGAUUCAUGGACCUGGGAUGAGGCCUGGAAUUUUGCAUUUCUAACAAGUGUCCAAAUGAUGCUGUACUGCUGCCCGGGGACACCACUUUGAGAACCAUUUGUUGUGUUGUGGUUGACGUUAAUUGAUUGAAUGUUGCUUUCAUCUC